AUGAGUUAUUCGAACACAUAUCAAGAUUAUCUUAGAGAUCUUCCUAUGGAGAUUGGACGAAGGUUUUAUCCACCACCUGCAAUAAACUUGCCAACAUUACCCCUACCUCAACCACUCAAAGACGUUCAGUAUGCUUUUCUUGCUGAGAAACGCGCUCGUCAGCAAUACGACGAAGCGAAUGCUCCUCCAGAAGCCAAGCCAGAUCCUCCACCCCGAACUCAUGUAAAUGGUGUUGUUUCUACUUCUCAAACUUCUUCCUCUACGUCAUUGACCAAUGAAGUCCUUCAGCCAUGUGCACCCCCUCCAGCAACCAAUCCUCAGCCAAAACCGCAACAAUCCGCCAUGAAAGAUUUGAAUUUUCAAGAAUUCGAAAAUCGUGGUACGGUUUUUGAUGAGCUGGAGUGGAGCACUAUCGAUGACAAGGAGGCCUUGAGUCAAAUCUUGGGCAAUGUAAGUCUGGACUCUCGUCCAGAAUCAACAUCAUCGGUGAGUUCCCUUCCUGUCAUCACCGAGGGGAGUUUGAAACCUCUGCAUUCUUUGACAAAUGGAGGCAAAUCGGCUACGCUUUCGUCUAUACCACCAUAUCCAGUUUUGGAUUUUGGAUUUUCGCGUUCACGAUCUGAAGAGCCAGCUGUCACUCUCAGUGCGACGGGUGCCAUUGGCAGAGCUGCUUUUAGUAAACCAGUGAAUUCCGUACCACCUCCGGUCAAUCAUGUUACAAACUCUUCCACUCGCCAUGACUCACCUUUGCGAGUUCGUCUUCUCACCAAAGGUUAUCGAGAGAAUCUUGUAAGCGUAGCAAUGGAUCGGCUACCCAGGGAAAGGCUUCCACAUAUCGAGUACUAUAUGAAAGGCAUGAGUAUCUUGGAGAAGAAAGGCGUCGAUGUGGCAAUGACAGUGAAAUUUUUGUUGGAUAGCAGUUUGACGGAUAAACAGGUAAAUAAAACACUCCUAUUAAUGCGAUUUCAUGUUUUCUUUACAUUUGCGCUGUUCGUGUUUGCAAAGUGCUCCUCAUUUAUUGCUGUCAUCUGCAUUUUUUUCUUGGUCAAUUUUUUUCUUUUUAUGUUUCUCUGCCUUCGUGUUCCCCCCUUUGGCUUUUCUUUGUCAUCUUCAGUCUUCAAGGCGUAUCGACUAAUCUCCAAACAUCGUGUUGUGUGCAGAUGACA